AUGUCAACUAUAUUUAUUUUACCUACAGAACCGGAUGGUAUUUUAAGCUCUGAAUCAAAUAGAAAACAAGCUUUGCGCUAUGGCUUUCAUAGGACCGGAGAUUGUAAAAGCUUUGAAAGAUCAUUUCUUUGCAUACAGAAAUGUGUCGAUUUAAAUUAUGACGUGGCUCACGCCGAUAAAAAUUGCAAGUGCACCUGUUACACUAAACAGGACAGGGCAAAAUACAAAUCAGAAUCAGCGGCAACUAAAACUAGGUGGCGUUCGGGAGCUCCUAAGACAUCGGUUCCAGCAUGGGCAAAUCCUAGCACUGAGAAGAAAAUAUUGCCACAGUCUGGUAGCGACGAAAUCACAACAGAAGCUGAUAUCACUGAUGACACUGAUGGCACUGUUGGCACUGGUGGUGCUGAAACAGUUGAGUCAAAGGGAACAGACGUAACGACUGCCACAGCGGGUCAUACUGAUAUCGCGGCUACUACUAUUAGUGGUCCACAAGAAACAAAUGCUGAUAAAGGUCCCAAUUCUGUUGCUACGGAAUCGGAGCCGCAACAACCGGUAACAACGGCUGCUCCCUCAACUGCAGAG